GGACCGCGCAGGGAUUGGUCGCUCGACAGCGGAGUGGGCGGGCCUCAUAGGGCGGUGCCCGGGUUGCUGAGGAGGAGGAAGAUGGCGCCGUGAGGGGGGUCCCAGCCGCUGCCGCCUCUUUUUUCUAUCCGGUGAGUGAGCCCAGCGGGGCGGGCCCGGGGUCGUGAAGAAGUGGGAGGAGAAACCAAGGGAUGGGAACGCGGGGGCGUGCGGAGGAAGAGGAGGGGUCUGUGCAGUGGGAGGGGGGCCUUCGAGGGAGGGGGCCGAGCGCGCGAGCGGGACUGAAGCAACUGGGACCGGAAGGGGGCGGGGCUAAGACGAGAGCCCGCCUCCUCGGGGGACCCAUAAGAGAGAGGGGGGAAUGCAAGGAGUGGGAGAGGGAGAUGGGGCUUGGGGUCGUCGACUGGUUCCUGGGGUCAGAGGGCAUGUGGGGAGUGGGAGCAGAGGGGGUUUGUUUGCUUUCCCCCUGGGCUCGGACUUUUAAUAGCAACCUGAUAUCAAGCAGGUGAAGCUGUUUGCAGGUCCUCUGCUUUCAUGUUAGCAAAAAAGGUGCCUGUCUCUUGAUAAGCUUCUGUAUGUUAGGCUGCUCUUGAAGGUACAUGAGUGGUAGUGGUGGUAGGUUUACUAGCCUUAACAAUGGACAGAAAAGGGGGCCACAGCCAAGGGUAUUUAGAAGGUGUGCAGGAGAUGGGCAGGGACUGAGCAGGGGACAGAAGAAGAUAAGCACCUGAUGCAAAGGUAGCUAGCAAGGGAAAGAAGAGCAGGGCAGAGAUAAGUGGUUCAAAGGCAGGCAUUGAACUGGGGGGACAAAGUGUACAGGGAGACACGUGGUUAUUGGGUGUAAGUGAUGGGGGGGGGUCCUCAUACCAAGGGAAAAAUAGGUGGGUGAAUUGACUUGGGAAGCACUGGAUAGUCAGGUAGUAGAAAACAGAAUUUGAAUGUGACGAAGGAAGUGCAGCAACUGGUGGAAAGGUGCAAAGAUAAUUUGGUGGCAUGGAGAAGGAUGGGUUCCAUAUGUUUGGAAGGGCCUAGGUUGUGCAUUCGAAAGAAGGAGGUUGAUGGCUGUUAAGUCAAGUAGCACAAGUAAAAGGUAGGUAUGAGAGGGUGCUUGAGGGUUGAUGUGUUGGUGGCUGACUACUGGGUGCACGUAUGGGCAUGUGGUUAUAGCGUACAGGGGUAUAGUGUACAGGAGAAAAUGUGGGUGGCCCAAGAGCAAGAGAGAACAUGUGGUCAUGGAUCCAGGAAGGUAUGGAGAGAGGUGGGAAUGACAUACACGUGGGACAGUCAGUGGUUAUAAGAGGGUGGGCACAUACUUAAAUAAUAGUGGGGAAGCAACAGGCAUAAACCAGCAUAGAUUAAAAAGUCCAUUGAUGUUUUUGAAUAAAAGAUUGUAUUUUUAAUUUGUUGUGAGAAUUAUAAUGUCUUUUUCAAAACAACAGUGCAGCUUUAAAUGAAACGAAUUCUAAUGCAAGCAACCAUUUCAAAGUCUACACUAACUUCUAAUGCCAUACAUUACUUAGGACCCAGGUCUGGACCAUCUUCUCCCAUAGCAACCCACAAGUCCAUUAUGAUUGUCACUGGAGACCUUUAUUCUGGUGCUCCUCUCUAUCUGAAGUGUGGUGGGUGAUGACUGGAGAGAGCCUUUUCCAUGGUGUUUCCUGACUUUUGGAGCAUUCUCCCAAAGGAGGGCUCCUCCUGCCCUGGAGACUUGAUUAGGCACCAGGCAAAGGUGUUUGUUUCCCCAGACUUUUAAGAACUGCUGAUUUAAGCAUUUUUAAUUUAGAACCGUUAGAUUUUGCUGCUUAUUUGAAUGAGCAAUUGCGCCUAUAUGAUUUAUUUAUUUAUUUAUUUAUUACUAGAUGUGGUGUUUCUUACUGUUGGUCACCAGUCAUUGCCAUAAAUGCAAGAUGUACAUUAUAUAGAUAAAGUAAUACAUUAUAAAAUAGAAUCCAUGGAUUGUAUCCAGUGCUAGUCAGGUAAAGGUAAAGGGACCCCUGACCAUUCGGUCCAGUCGUGGCCGACUCUGGGGUUGCGGUGCUCAUCUCGCUCUAUUGGCCAAGGGAGCCGGUGUACAGCUUCCAGGUCAUGUGGCCAGCACAACUAAGCCGCUUCUGGCGAACCAGAGUAGCACACGAAACGCUGUUUACCUUCCCGCCGGAGCGGUGCCUAUUUAUCUACUUGCACUUUGACGUGCUUUCGAACUGCUAGGUUGGCAGGAGCAGGGACCGAGCAACGGGAGCUCACCCCGUCGCGGGGAUUCGAACCGCCGACCUUCUGAUCGGCUAGUCCUAGGCUCUGUGGUUUAACCCACAGUGCCACCCGCGGCUAGUCAGACUAGAGCCACUGAAAUGAAUGGACAUGACUAAUUAUUAUUUUCAGUGGGUUUACUCGAAGCAGAAUUUAGUUGGAUACAAUCCCAUGAUACACUCAGACAUGCUAAAUUAUAGAGGCCCCUAGGUAUACUGAAGGUAUGCCUUCUCCCUUUCCCCCCCAGUCCCAUAUAUAGUAUCUAUCCUCACUGUUCAUUUUUUAUUUAGUCAGUUGAGACACAUAAAAAGUACACUGUAAUAAAUUGGUUAGUCUCUAUGAUGCUAUAGGACUUGUGUUUGAUACAGAACUACCCAUUUGGAAUUUGUCCCUAUUGAAUUCACUGGGACUUGCUUCUGUGCCACCACAGUUAGGAUCCCCCUCCCCAACCACUUUAGACUAAGCAUUCCCAGAUCCUCAGUCCUUUCCUUGUGCCUUUUUAGAGUCCCUUUCCCACUCUUGUGUCUGCUGGCACAACAUUCUCUAAAAUUGUACUCCUUGCUGUGUGAUGUGGGAUGGUGCAAGGAGAAUCUUGAGGAUCCUACCAAUUGAAAUAAGUGGUUUUGUGGGUCUCUGGUAACUGGGUCUGAGCACUAGUUACUAUGUACAAAUACUGAUUUCACACACUUGUUAGUUAUUCUAAUGGAAUGAGGGAAACCAUCUCAAAGAACUGUCAUUUCCCACCCACCCCCAAUAUAAGUGCUUUAUGCAGUAUACACCCUAGACUUUCCAGGGGAUGCCAGUCUUUCCUCUGGAGGAGCUCAAAAUUAGCUAUUGAAUAUUUGGGGGUAUCUCCCAUAAGCAUGGACCCCUUCUGCACUUAGGAAGUGGAUUCAGUGGUGACUUGGCUAGUUCAAAUUUUUUAUUGCUUUUUCUGUCUGAAAGUGGGAGGGGGGCAUCCAGAUCUUUGUGGCACUCAAAGAGGAGCUUUGUACAUCUGCUGACCCAUGCUAUUUCCAUAGCUUAGUCAGAACAAAGAGUAAAAGAGGACUGUUGCCAUGAUCUUGCAUUGAAAUAUAAUGUUGUGUGCCCUAUUUCAGUCCAUCAAACACUUUUUGUGUUUGUUCUCCACUAACUUCAGGCUCUGACUUGGGCUUGGUAGCUUUUGCUCAUAGGUAAGUAGCAGACAUGUUAAUCCUGGCCAUGUAUCAUUUAAAUCAGAAUUCAGGUUGAAAUCCUAACCUCACUUGCCUGGAAGUAAGCUCCAUUGAAUUCAGUAGGACUUCUGAAUAGGCAUGGUUAAGAUUACACUUUCAUCACCACCGUCAUGCUUUCCUAUAUCAAAAUCUGUGCACUUUCACUCAGUAUGAUGCAAACAAAAUCCCACCUCCCCACCAGCAAGACUCGCAAUAUACUUUCCUAAGCAGCUGCUAGCUACUCAUAGCCCCACAUGGUGCAAACUAAACAGCAGAAGUUUAAAGCAGGCAAGAGAGCAACCACCUCCUGCAGAAAAAAAGAAGGGGAUGUGGUUAUUUUAACCAUGCACUGGGAGUCUAGUCCAUGUCAGCUUGCUCUGCUCUUGUUUAUUUGUGUUUGAGACUAGGGUGGAUGCUACUUUAUCCAUGGCUACCAUGCCAGUUGGCAGAGGUGCCAACUUGAAUAAAAUAUUGUGGGGGGCCCAGGUAAGCCCCAUCCCACAUAAUUGAUCACAUGACACAGUGCACACACCCCAUUUGAAUGGAAAUGUCCAUCAACUUUGUGGGGCCCUGGCCCCCUCAAAUAUAUUAUUGUGGGGGCCAAAGCCCCUAUGGACCUAGGAGUUGGCUCCUAUGCCAAUUGGAAACCAUAUCAAGACUUCCACCAAGACUUUUGAUUCAGUGUACCCUGUAAGAGAUGUCUGGUCUGUUGGGCAUUGGUCACUUUUUGAAAUGCUAAACAUGCAUUUAGAGCAGGGGUCAGCAAACUUUUUCAGCAGGGGGCCGGUCCACUGUCCCUCAGACCUUGGGGGGGGGGUGGACUAUAUUUUGGAAAAACAUAAAAAUGAACAAAUUCCUAUGCCCCACAAAUAACCCAGAGAUACAUUUUAAAUAAAAGGACACAUUCUACUCAUGUAAAAACACGCUGAUUCCUCGACUGUCCGCGGGCCGGAUUGAGAAGGCGAUUGGGCCGGAUCCGUCCCCCGGGCCUUAGUUUGCCUACCCAUGAUUUAGAGGAAGUCAUUACACCAAGGGUAGGGAACCUAAGCCCCUACAGAUGUUGCUGGACUACAACUCCCAUCAUCCUUCACUAUCAAAUCAUGCUGCUUGAGGCAGGCAGGACUUGGAAUCCCAACAAUAUAUGGAGGACCACCAAUUGCCCACCUAUGCUUUACAUGGACUCUUUGAUGUGGGAUCCAGUCCUAGAGACAGCUGCAAAGACACAAGUUAGGGUACAUGUAAAGGGACCUUAGUUAGUACUCUCCACUGAGCAAGCAUUGGCCAAUAUGGCUGAACUUUUUCUUUACCGGGAGAGACUUGCUUAGCUAUCUGGGAAGUGAAUUGCUGCCCAUUUUUUCUCCCCGCAUGCAUUUGAAUGUGAGAAAACUAUUAGCUUUCCACAGGUCUUGGACAAAUUGGUGUUUCUCAGCCUAACCUACAUGACAAGAUUGUUGUGAGUGUACAUGAGAUAAGAAAUAUGAAGCACCUAGUUCAGACUGCCUCUAGUCGCCUGUGGUGAUUAGUAUGUUCCAUUAGAUGAGGAUAAGAGUGGCGAACUUCAUUUGUACUGCCAAGCCUCAUUUUUCUGGUUCUCAGCAGCAGGCAGCCCUGGGAUGAUGGAUAUGCCUUGAGAGUAGAAUGGGCUGGAUGGGCAGGAUACAAAUUUGUUAAAUAAAUCAAGAACACGGUUCUCCAGAUUUAGGCUUUGGAUAACAUUUUUUUCUUGGGACUUCUUUCGCACAUUUUAUUCCAUCAUGGAACCCAACGCUGCAUAUGGGUUGGUUCCCAGGAGGUCUCCCACCCAGACACAGACCAGAGGCAGACCCUGCUUAACUUCUGCAAGGUAGCGCAUUUGUGUGCCUUCAGACCAUACCUUAGACCUGUGAUCAAGAGAUUUAAAUAUGCUUUAAAAAAUGAAAAUAAUCCUAAGGCUCUCUGAUUUUUGUGGAUAUUGCCAUUGUGGAUGCAGGCCUCAGUAAACAGUUAGACAUCUUUCCUUCUUGCAGAUACAGAGGACAGCAUGGCUGCCACUGCUGCUGUCAGUCCCAGCGAAUACUUGCAACCUGCUGCUUCUACAGCUCAGGUAGGUCUUUAAAAUGUUUGUGGCUUAGUAGUGUCACUGCAUGAGGAGACAAUGAAUGCUGGUUCCAGUUACAGGAUAGCAAUGCUUGUGUGGUAGGGUCCUGGGCUGUAAGUAAAGAAAGCAUUGACUGAUCAGCUUUUGUAGAACUGAAGCUCAAAGGCAGAUGAUUCACUCUGCAAAGAAAGCCUAGCUGACAGUCAAGUCCUCCCAGGUUUCCUUGAUCUUGCAUGUUCAAAAAAGCAUGUGGGAUAUUACUGCUUCAGAAUUCAGGUGGCAAAUGCUAUGUUUUAAUGCUCUCCCAUGUGAAAGUGGUUUCUGUGUAGAAAACAUGUCAGAGAAAAGGCUGUGUCAGAAUGCUCUCCUCUUUGUAGAAGCAGGAAUUCCCCCACCUCCUGCCAUUCUGAAGUGGUACAGUCCCAAUUUGGCUAUUCCAUGUUUUCCUUUCUAAAUGUGUAAUUGGUCCCAAUACAUGUUUAAUGCAUACCCACCCUUCAGGUUGGGUCGGAUGCCCUAUAUAAAUAUUCCUUGGGUCAAGUAAGCACCAUUCCUGAACAUUUGGUUGAUGAGCUAUUAACUAACGGAAGCGCCUUCCCCAAAGCCUUUGCUCCUGACAACCCUUUCUUUCCCAGAUGAUAGCAUCUGCUUUAGCAAAAAAAUGAGGCAGAGAAAGGUAUUUGCAUUCUAUACGUCUCCUGGCCCUGAUCAAAGAAACGAGAGGGCAUGUACACCACAGGGAUUCAGAAUCCUAUGUGAAAGAGCCCAGAACCACCCACUCAAAACACACAAAGGAGGUGGCCUGAAAAAAGCGUGCGCUGCUGUGAUUUGCUGUAGAAGUUAGAAAGGCCUUUUAAAACUUGGAACUAUUUUUUUUAGUGUUUUUUGUUUUUUUACAAACCCAAGUUUAAGAAGUCUUUCUAGCAGCUGUGGCAAUGGCACAGGCAUUCACCUGACCACCUCACCCAGAUUGCCUGGCUCUGAGAGAGACGGCAAGCUUCUGGCAGCUGCCGUGAUUACUCCUUGUGGGGUGCUACCGAUCAUACAGAUCCAUUAUUGCCAUGUGGCUUUUCUCCACUGUUAGCGGUGGCCUGGAGGAGACCUCAUGCCACUUUCUAACCCAUGUGGCAAACAGGAGUACCAACUUGAAUAAAAUAUUGAGGGGGCAAGUAAGGCCCGCCCCAAAUAAUUAAUCACAAGACAGAACACACACACACACCAUUGCAUGGCAAUGCCCAUCAACUGGGGGGGGGCAGCCCCAUCAAAUAUUUUAUGGGGGGCACUGAAGGGACCUUGACCCUUAGAAGUUGGCUCCUAUGGUGGCAAGCUACUGUAUAAGUACAACUGGGGGGGGGGGCAUCUGCCAUGUAAUUUCAGUUUCGGGUGACUUCUUUCUUGCUUGACGUUUGUGUAAAGUUGGCCUGAGAGAAGCAUUUUAGGUGCAGAAUGAACAAGAGCAUAGAUACUCUCUUUGAAGCACAGUUAAUGUUCUGAUUCCAGCCCUCUUCCUUUGUGUGAAUGUUUCAGGAAUCUCUUUUGUUUCCUCGCUGUCAUCAAAGAGCAUCUCUGUUUGCACUAUAGGAAGCAGAGGUCUCUGAAAACUCCAGAAUGAAUAUCCCCUGACCUGUUUUCAUGUGCUCUCUUGGCGACGGAGAGAAAUCAGCAUUUAUAUGCUCUUGUUCUUCAAACGUGUGUGAGAGCAGUAUUGAGGCCAAUGCUCCUCAAAAACCCCACAAAAGCUUCUGGUGUUAUUCAUAUACAGCAGGAAAUGAAAACUUUGUUCUUUUUUUGGAAACAUAAUGAGGAGCAAGGCAUGGCUAUAUCUUAAAUUCCAUUUGGGCCUCAUGGAGCCUUAAUGGAAAGCAGAGGACAGGAAAAUGCCUGCAAUCAAGAGACAGGGGAAGUCUGCCUGCAAUGUGGAGAUGACACUGACUUAACUUUAUAGGACUGUUGGAUUUUGAGACUAUGUAGGUGGAGCACCUUAGGCACUCAUGAGUGCAAUAUAUUGUUAUUCUUAGAAACUACACUAGUUUGUUGAAGUCAAAUUCAGUGGUGAGAUCUUCUUAUUUGAGAAUGUGGUACUGUGCACCCUUAGAACAAAGCCCCAUAUCUAAGUUGUGGAAAUUAAGAUACUGCCCACACAUUGGGCUUCCUUCCUUUCCAGCUACGUUGUGCUGAAUCUGAAACAACCUGUUUGUUGCCAGCCUACCUGUAACACAACUCUUCUGUUCCUGUAGGAUUCUCAGCCAUCUCCACUAGCCCUGCUUGCAGCCACAUGUAGCAAAAUCGGUCCUCCAGCUGUAGAAGCAGCAGUUGCCUCUCCUGCCCCUCCUCAGCCUGCUCCUCGGAAACUGGUGCCCAUCAAGCCUGCUCCCCUCCCGCUGAGCUCCAGCAAGAACAGCAUUGGGAUUUUGUCAUCCAAAGGGAACCUCUUCCAAAUCCAGGGGUCUCAGCUCGGGACAUCCUAUCCCGGUGGGCAAUUGGUAUUCACUAUCCAGAACCCAACUGUGAUCAACAAAGGGGCCCGCUCACCUGCCAACAUCCAGUACCAGGCGGUUCCGCAGAUCCAGACGACAUCAGGGCAGACCAUUCAAGUACAGCAGAACUUGGGCAACCAGAUACAGAUUAUUCCCAGUACCAUCACCCCUUCUUCCUCUUCCUCGUCAGCAUCCUCUUCCGCCUCCUCAACUCAUAAGCCUGUGCCAAUCAAACCUGCGCCCGCUCAUAAGACCCCACCAACAGCUGUCCAUAACGCAAGCAACGUGGUCAAGUUAACUGGCACUGGUGGCAACGUCACUCUUACCCUGCCAGUGAGCAACCUGGUGAGUGCCGGGGACACCAGUGCUCAAACUCAGAUCGUCCCAGACAGCCCCUCCAAACCGAGCAAAAAGGCCCGGAAGAAGGUGGUGUCCUCACCCCAGGCAGCUGCGAUGGCUGUGACAGAGCAAGUGGAGACGGUCUUGAUAGAAACGACGGCCGACAACAUCAUCCAAGCAGGGAACAACCUGUUGAUUGUGCAGAGCCCGGGAUCUGGGCAGCCAGCGAUGGUCCAACAGGUGCAAGUGGUCCAACCCAAACAGGAGCAGCAGGUGGUUCAGAUUCCACAGCAGGCUCUGCGCGUGGUCCAGGCAGCCUCGGCCACUCUUCCAACCGUUCCUCAGAAAUCCCCGCAGAACUUCCAGAUCCAGACAACUGAGCCAAUUCCCACUCAGGUAUUUGGGGGUUUCAGUUGCAGGUCAAGAAUGCCUGGAAUUAUGGGGUGGAAUUGGGGCUGGGGUGGGAGGAAUUCCAAUCUUCUAAGCGUAGUAAAGUACAUACCCAAUGGAUUGUUUGUUCAUUUGAGUGUGUCUGUAUGCAUGUGCACACACACAUAAUACAUGCAUAUAAAAUUUAGGGAGUCUAUUUUCUCAACCAAAAUAUAAAAAAUGCUAAGGUUAUGUGCAAAUUAUUUAGCAAACAGUCUGAUCCAGUAAUUUUCAGUCGGCGUGAAAAAACAUAUUUCUGUAGUGGGGCCUGCAGUGCUUGGAGGUAAUUGCUGUCCCCCGUCCCCCAACAUCCCCAGACAUGGGUAUUAAGCUCUGGUUCCCCCACCUCACCCCAAUAGCUUUAUUUGGAUUUAGUUCUGUUGGUUAUUUUUUCACUUCUAAACUGCCCCAUCUCUAGAGUUCCUGACAACAUGAAAAUAAGAUGUCUACUUUCACCAAACCUCUUAAAUCACAUUUAAUAUGUUUUGAUUUAUUUUAUUUUACUUAUUUAUAGAAUUUCUUUUUGCACCCAGUGUGGCUUACAAAUAAUUAAUAUAUAUAUUUUUAUAAAGCAUCCCAAACAUUUUUUUACUGCAGUCAGGGGGCCAAGAAAAUUAGUGAGGGUUGCAUUUCUGUCGUGCCAUAUACCAUGUUAAACCUUUUAGUAGUAGUAGUGGUAGUUUUGGAGCCAGACUUCUUGUUCAGGAUUAAAAAACAAUUAAGUUAUCUGGUGAUAUUAAUGUCUAUAUUGCAAUAAAGUGAAAUAACUACAUUUUUUUUUGAAAUUGCCAAAAGUGGAAUGGUGACAAGUGUAUAAGAGAGUACGCUUGCCAUAAGGAAUUAUCACAGUGAUAGGGAUAAGGUAUAAUAUAGGGAGGUGGGGAGCCCAUGUUCAUUAUGAUGAAGGUAUCUACACUAAUGCAGGGAUAGAAAAUGUGUCUGUAUUAAGAAAGUGUUAUAUAAUCUACAAUAAUGCUAUAAAAGGGUAAUGGGAGACCACCAAAAUGGGAAGCUGCAGACUGCACGCUUUUUCCUUUUUGUGUCAUUUGUUUAGGUCUAUUUCAAGACGCCUUCCGGUGAGCUGCAGACAGUGCUUCUGCAGGAAGCCCCAGGUGUAACUGUGGCACCUUCUUCCACUGCCUCCUCUGCCACUUCCUGCAGCAGUCCUGCACCCCGCAGCUCCCAGACAGGAGGAAGUACCAAAAAGACAGGGGCUCGCAAAGAACGCGCCCUGCCAAAGAUCGCCCCUGCCGGAGGCAUCAUCAGUCUCAAUGCUGCUCAGCUGGCUGCUGCUGCUCAGGCAAUGCAGACCAUCAGCAUCAAUGGGGUGCAAGUUCAAGGUGUUCCUGUCACCAUCACCAACACAGGAGGUAGUGUAUGUGAUAUGUAAUGAUCCUGCGAUGAGCAGCAUAUCCAGAUGGAUAUAUCUUUCCUGGAGGGAUAUGUGUUGUGUGUGGUUUUUUUAAAGGUUUGGGACAACACCAGGGAAACAUGGAGAGAAACGGCAUAGAGACAAGGGAGACUAGGACAGCCAUAGAACAAAACUGAAUUUAAGUGGAAUUAAUUUCUGAGUACACUUGCUUUAGGGUUGGGCUGCCUAAAGGAUGUCUCUCUUGUGCCCUGCAAAUCUUGUUGCACAUAGUUUACGGCACAUAUAAAAGUUGAUAUGGUAGGCAAUGAAACCCUUACUGCUUGAGGUCCCUGUUUCAAGCUGCUUUUCAUAAUUAUCUUCCUGGGUAGGAGGUGCAAGCUUGGGAAUGUAUUGACCUACUUACCUGGAAUGAGGACAAGUUGCCAAAUGGAUGCAGGAGAAUGGCUGCUUCUGAUGGCCAAAGCAGCCCCAAAAUAUAGUGGCAGUGCUGUUAUGCUCAAGAGUGCUGGAGGAUCUUCUGGCUUUUGUAAGGCAUCCUUAUGCUAUCUCAACUGCAUGCGUGGUGUGUCCUUGCACAUACAGCUAUAAUAGCACCACAGCACCCUUUCUGCUUUUGUACACUUGCUGACUGGGGAAAUAAGGAGUCAGGCAACACUUAUUACUUCUGCUUCUCUGAGACUGAAAAGGUUAUGAGAGGCUUGGUGUUCAUAAUACGGCAGGAUGUCAGAGGAAGCAGUGGGAUGUGGGGAGCAGGUAGGGCUGUGAAGGAGAACUCCAGCGAGAACUAAAACCAGGGGCGAAAGAGCUGAUAAGGCCGGGGAGAACCUUGGUGCCUGGUCCCAGGCAGGAACGAAAUCCUGGCAUUCAGAACCCUGGAUAGUUCUUCAAGCCCAGUGCAGUACUGACAUGUAAAAAAAGGGGGAAAUUUUCAGUGAGGGGUCUGUGAUAUCUUGGCCUAACUUUCUAUGGAGCUUUAGUGGAGUAACUGUACCUCCCCCACUGAAUCUGGGCAUAACUUAGUAUUGGACUAAGCUUCAUCCAUCCCUCUUCCUGCAGGCCAGCAACAGCUGACGGUGCAAAACGUCUCUGGCAACAACCUGACCAUCAGCGGACUGAGCCCCACCCAGAUUCAGCUGCAGAUGGAGCAAGCACUCCUGGGGGACCUACAGCCCGGGGAGAAGAGACGGCGGAUGGCUUGCACUUGCCCCAAUUGCAAGGAUGGGGAAAAGAGGUAAGGGAAGAAGCCCCUAGGCCUCUCAACAAAUUGCUGCUCUGGCAACAAAUAUUUCUGUUCCUGUGUUAGGAUUUGGGUGGCAGCAACAGGGUGGAGAUUAUUUCCAGAGGAGCAGCUGGGUUACUACUUGGUACCAGUUAGCAGUGUUACUGCAACUUAAGUCAUCCUUGGAGAGCUAGCAAUCUGAUCUCUGAGGUUUCACCAGGGCACUCUGCUUUGAAUUCAAGUGUUCCCAGGUCUUCGCACACAAGUUAGACCACGCACAGUUUCUCACCCCUUUUAUUUCCCUCCAGGCUGGGGGAUCAGGGGAAGAAGAGGCACAUCUGCCACGUGCCUGAAUGUGGCAAGACCUUCCGCAAGACCUCCCUGCUCCGGGCCCACGUGCGCCUGCACACAGGCGAGCGCCCUUUCGUCUGCAACUGGGUCUUUUGCGGGAAGCGAUUCACGCGAAGUGACGAGCUACAGCGGCAUGCCCGGACGCAUACAGGUGGGUCGUCUCCUCUCUGCUUCUCUCUCCCAACUGCACCCCUGCUCUUUGAGUCAUAUAACACUAAUGGAUAGGAAAAGCAUUUUAUAAAUCCUAAUUACUCUGGCAUCUUCUCUGAGUUAUCUGUAUGACAACCAUGUAAGGCAAGCAUGGCCAAACUUGGCCCUCCAGAUGUUUUGGGACUACAACUCCCAUCACCCCUGACCUGUUAGCUAGGGAUGAUGGGAGUUGUAGUCCCAACACAUCUGGAGGGCCAAGUUUGGCCAUGCCUGAUGUAAGGCAAGCCUAUGAGGCUGCUGUCGUUUCACAGACGGAGAGCUAACGCUUGAGAGGCGGUGGCCUAGCUCCUGCUUUGAUGGUGAGCCUGUCUUUGGGCUGUAGUAUUGCAGGGUGGGGGCGGGUUGCUCACAUGAUUAAAUGCUUCCUCAUACAGAAAUUAAUUCCUCCAUAUAGAAAAUUAGAUCUAAGGGAGAAGUGUUCUAGUCUAGCUUUCCCCAAACCCAUUUGUUUUCUGUGUGCUGGAACUUUAUAUGGAAAAGUGUUGAGUUAUAUGUGUCCCCACCUGCAGGCUGGAGUGGUGUAGCUCAGAGAUGAGAGUUUACUACCUUGGAAAGGACUAAGCUAGAUUCUUGCUUGAGGCCACCCAAUGAGAGACUCCUGGGCUCACAGGUCAUGGUUAUAACUACCCUACGCCAAUUCUUCUCUAAAGCAAUUGCCUCUGUGCUCACACAAGCCUUAAACAUGUUGCUGUUCAAGCAUAGCUGCUGGCACCAUAACUAUUGCACAGAUACAGUGGCCGUACGGUGGCUGCUACAAGUGUGGUGGAGAUCCCUGUUAGCCAUGCUGGUUGGAGCUGAGGGGAGAUGGAGUCCAGCAAGGAGAACCACAGGCUCCCCAGAACCCUAAUGUAAAUAUCUGUUAUAAGCUUUGCUUAAAGAAGGCACCCCAAACAGCAGGCUGAGACUCUUGUAUGCUCCCUGUAGCAUACAGGACAUGCUGAAGGUGAUAAGCCAUUCUUGUUAUGAAUGUCUGUAUACGUGGUUUUCAUUUACUUAUAAAAGCUAAUGGCUUCAUUCAUUUUUCUGAAACCUUUUAACAAAUCAGUCCAUCCAAGCCAAGUGCCUAUCACCACAUCUCGUGUCAGUAAAUCCCACUAGUUAAUUUACACGUUUGUGUGAACUUGUAUCACGCAUGCCGACGUCGCUCUCGUUUCCUUCCUUUCGGCAGGCGACAAGCGUUUUGAGUGUGCCCAGUGCCAAAAGCGCUUCAUUAGAAGCGACCACCUGACAAAGCACUAUAAAACUCACCUGGUCACCAAGAACUUGUAGGGCUGGGUGCAAUCGGAAAAGGAAAGGGAGCAGUGUGGGUGCCGGCGACCCUUUGCCAUGAAGGAUGGUCUCUGCGAAAGGACAGCGACAUGCCCAAGCAACCCUCCUGACUGGGACAACAUCUGCACAAAGAAGGGAGUAACAGCUGCUGUUCUUUCCAUCGGAUGACCUCCGCCUCCUUGCACACUCUGUCAGAACCUCUUGGAUGGUGCAUCAGACGCUGUGGUUUCAGUCUGGGAUGAAGGAGAAACAAUGUCGCUUCCAAGCAAAUUGGCUAAAAAUCAGCACAAAGCCCAGUAGCGGGCAGGGGAAAAAAUGGGGGUGGGGGAGGGGGAAGCAAGGCAAAGCGCAUCCACCCAGUGGCCUGAGGAGCCCACCAAGCGAAUGCCCUGCUCCGCCGCACCAAAGGGCCUCCUUGUGUGUUUGAUAGUAGCACCAGCGAAACUAUACCCCACUUGUAAUCUUGAUUCCCUCUUCCCGCCCACCUCUAUGUGCUUGUGAAGCUUUUGAAUGGUGGGCAGGGAAGCCGCCCAAAAUGGGACUCUCUCUGCACCCCCAGCACAUUCCUACUUUAUAUUUAAAAUUAUAAAUAUCUAUAAAUAUAUAUCUAUAUCUAUAUUAAAAAAAACAAAACCUCCUUAGGAAGCCCCCUGUUUUUUCUACGGAGAAGGUUGCCUUAUAUUUUCCUCCAAAUUAUGUAUUGUGAGUUGUUGUUUUUUUUUAAUUUAAUGAUUCCUCCUUUUUUUAAAAGAAAGUCUCACUCCAAGGAAAGAUUCAGGCACAGUUCCAAGCCCCUGUGCUAAGGCAAGAGCUCUGCACGCAGGCCUGUGAACUAGGGGAGUGGGGUGCUCUUGUGUGUACACACGGAGCUUUCUAUGGUGUGCAAGCAGCAGCACUUUGCUCAGGAGAGUGGAGAAAGUCUUAUGUGUGAAUGGGAUCUCUUGUUUGUUUGUUUGUAGUAGGACUGAUGGAUCAGAGCCAUGUGCCCUGAUCCAGACAGCCACGAGGGCAGCAGAAAUCUGCUCUUAACACAUGCGAGGCAUUUGGCAAACCCUGUGGUGUAUAGCAUGCAGUUCAGCCCUGAACGAAUGAUGCAGCUCCAUGUGUGGAAACAGAUUGAUUUAAUGCAUUGGAGUGAAGGGCUGCAACCCAGUGGGAGGCUGCAGACUGCCGAGCCCUAUUGAAGUGAGCUAAGUAUUUGUGUGCCGAAAUGCAAGCAUUGUUUUUCCAGAACUGAAGGGUGUUCUCUCUCCUCGCUCCCUCCCACUCACCUUAUGUUCCAUCAUAUUUCUUUCCUGAAAACUAGUGUUUCCUCCCGCUUUUUUUUCUAAAACAGAAGUCCGAUACAGCCCCUUUUGUGUAUUAUAGUGUAUAUUGUAUCAUAGACUAUAUAUUGCGUUAUGUGUUUCCUACAUGUUUCAGAAGCAUACGGCUUGUUAUUUUUGAGCUUUUAAAUUAAAAAAAAAAAUCCACUUUAUUUUUUAGUUGUAACGGCUUGAAGUAUGUUUUUCUUUAAGUGGCAAUUCCUUGCUAUUGUUUUUAAUCAAUGCUAUGAAAUUCGGCUGGCCAGUGUGACGCCAGCCCAGAAGGGGAGGAGUGGGGGGGCGGAGAAAAAUCACAUUUCUUGAUAAAUCCAAUCGUUGGAAGCAAAUCCAGCCACAGUUUGGGAACAAAGGAUCGUUUUGCUUUGCUGCAUUUUAAAGAAUGAAAGAGCAAGCACAUUUAGGUGGCUUGUUGAGGUAUAAAGAGGUUCUAGAAAGGUGUUUUGAGACUAUAUGCAGGUGAUCGCAAGCGCAGCUCCAGAUUUUGUUGUCAGUUUAGUUUACAAUGCAAAAGCAAAGCUUAGUUGGCCAGGAUGUACAUUUUGAAUUUAAGUUUUCUCUCUUUCCUACCAUCCCUUUGUGUACAGCAUUAACAACAUUCACAGGUACGCUUUAUUAAUUUCAUGUAUUGAUAUGGCCUGUGGCUGGUGUAUACGUUCCACAGGAACACACAGUGCUGAUGUAUUCAAAAUGUUGAGCAUGUUGUUGUUGGACUUUGCACACAGUAGCGGCAGGGUAAGUCGUCAUGGGACUCCCAUUUCAGGCUAUCCUAUAAAACAAGCCUUAGACUGCAGGGCAGGCAAGGCAAACUUGCUUAUACUUUGUGGAUUCCUUCAGAGGCUCAAGCCAGCAGGAAGUUCUACGGCAUACGUCUCACUGAAAUGAACAGAAGGUAUAUUUCAGUGGGGCUUGUGCAGAACUUCCCAAUGGGAUUGUAUGCUCUGGUUAGCUGAUAGGAAGCCAACCAGUCUUCCAGUGUGUGGGCUCAGAAUAUACCGUAUUUUUUGCUCUAUAAGACUCACUUUUUCCCUCCUAAAACAUAAGGGGAAAUGUGUGUGUGUCUUAUGGAGCGAAUGCAGGCUGCACAGCUAUCCCAGAAGCCAGAACAGCAAGAG